AUGAAGUACAGAACGCUCUUCUCCCUUUUCGUGGCUACUCUCUCGGCCGCGAUCGUCUCAGCGGCCCCUUCCCACUUUGGCCUUGGCCUCAAAAGCGGCAACGCUGCUUCCGCGAAAAGGACAACCGCAGAGUUGAACACUCACGAUGCAGCAGAUAAUUCCAACUGCGUGACAUGGACCGACGGUCACGGUGAUCUGAAAUGGUACGUCAAUAUCAACCCUCUCCCACCCAGUCUCCCCUUCCCAUCUCUGGUCAUCCUCAUUAACCCCUCCCCUUUGGACAACAGCAACCAAUUCUCCAUAAUCCUAGGCCACGCCAACCUCGUCUCUAUAAUAACAAAAAACUACCUGACCAUCUCCAUGCUCAACGUUACAAACAAGUACAUGUACCUCACGCCCACCAUCGUCUUGGUCAACACCACGGACAUCCUAGUGAUCAAGUCCGCAUUGAAGUGCAGCGGCGAUCAAUGGAAGUCCUUUGCGUCAGUGCUGCCGUGGACGAUCGACACGCAUGGGGGAAAUGCGUGUAAUGAGAAUGCGUAUAAUGGCCCGUAUGAUAAUACGUGGGUUAAUUAUGCUGGUAAACAUCUGAAUGUGCCGGAUGAUGAGAGGUGUAAGUGGGAUAAGAGGUUGGGGUUUAGGUGUGUUGUUGGGAGGGAGCCGUAG